AUGGCUACUCUAUCGCCUUCUUCUCCCCCUUCUUCCCCAUUCAUCACCAUUACAGGCAAUUUGACGACUCGUAGAUUAAUCCAUUGUGCUGUCAGAAGCAACUGUGGUAAGCGCAUUUCACGAUUUAGGAGCGGUGUGAUUGUAACAAUGUCGAUGGAGAAGAAGAAGAAGAAGGAGGUAUGGAUAUGGACGGAGAACAAGCAGGUUAUGACGGCAGCUGUUGAAAGGGGUUGGACCACGUUCAUCUUCUCUUCUAUUCAUCGCCAGCUCGCUACUGAUUGGUCUUCAAUAGCAUUGAUAAAUCCCAUCUUCAUUGAAGACAAGAGUCUUUUUGACAACAAGGCUAAAUUGGUUGCCACAAUUUCUGAAAUAUCUUCUCCCCAAGAAUUGGAGCAACUCCAGUCAGCUUAUGAGCAUGCAGAUAACAUUAUUGUUGAUCUAUUGGAUUGGCAGGUUUCAUGGAAAAGUUACAAUUUUGGACUGAGCAAAGUAAAAGCUUACAAGCUGCUCUUAAAGGCUACUGGAAAAACAAUCCCUUUGGCGGUAGGAUUUAUUGGUCAAGUAGCAGCAACAAAUGUUGGUGGCCUUGUAAUUGAUAUGACCCGCCAAAUAAAGAUGGCUGGAAGGGCCCUUUGUUUGCUGGACAUUCUUGUAAAAGCAACAGAUGAAAAUGAAACAGAAAGAAAUAUAGAAAAAAAGUACCUGAUAUGUUGA